AUGCUGCUUUUCAAUCCGCAGUAUGGCUAUUUGGAAGGAAUGGUGCGGGGAUUCAAGAAUGGACUUUUGAACCAGACGGAGUACCAAGCCCUAACGCAGUGUGACUCACUUGAAGACCUCAAGAUCCAUUUAGCGGGGACAUCUUAUGGGACGUUUCUGAAUGACGAAGCUGCCGUAGUCUCUUCGUCGCUGAUAUCCGCUCGUCUGCGGGACAAAAUGGUCGCCGAGUUCGAGCACAUGCGCAAUCAUUCUAGCGGAGAGCUGUCCAAGUUUCUCGACUUCAUUUCUUACCAGUACAUGAUCGACAACGUCUGUCUCCUCAUCAACGGUACUCUCAACAGAAGACAGCUCUCGGAACUCGUCCCUAAGUGCCAUCCUCUUGGUAUCUUCGAACAAAUGGAAGCUGUGACGAUUGCGCAGACUCCUGGAGAGCUCUACAAUUCGAUCUUGAUUGACACUCCUCUUUCGGAAUUUUUCAACGGUUUUUCUGAAGCUGAUCUCGACGAAAUGAACAUUGAAAUUAUCAGAAACACGCUUUACAAGAACUGGAUCGAGGCAUUUUACAAGCUGUGCAAAGACAUCGGUGGGUGCACGGAAGAGACAAUGUGCCCUAUCCUCGAAUUUGAAGCCGACCGAAGGGCAUUCCUUAUCACGAUCAAUUCUUUCGGAACCGAACUGACGAAGGACGCACGAGAGAAGCUCUACCCAGAGUGCGGAACCCUCUAUCCUUACGGUCUAUCAAUGCUUGGAAAGUGCGAUGAUUUCGAGCAAGUUCGCCAGGUAGCUGACACAUUUCCGAAUUAUCGUUCACUCUUCGACGGCGUGGGCCAGGGUGCAUCCGACUUCACCCUCGAAGACAAGUUCUUCAAGCACGAAGUGAAAAUCAACAUGCUUGUUUUUAUGAGACAGUUCACUUUCGCUUCUUUUUACUCCUGGAUCAAACUGAAGGAACAAGAGUGCCGCAACAUUGUGUGGAUAUCAGAGUGCAUCGCGCAGAAACACAAAGCAAAGAUCAAUAACUACAUCCCUAUCCACUGA